AUUUGAGUUAAGUUGCAUCUUUGAUCAACGAUGACGAAACUUUACGGACGGCGGUCUACCAUCAGCUGUUCGACCCGUACGUGCAUUGCAUGAUGGAUUAAUCCGUAAUACAUAAUAAGUUUCGUCUGCACAAGCGCGGUGCGCCACCGUCCUCGCUCGCUCGUCAGCCAUCAGUUGCUUCACUGGAUACCUACGAUAACGAUGUUUGCUGCGCUGCGUCGGUCCGCGAUUUGAAAACCCAUAAAAAAUACGUCGAUUAUCGACUGCGCAAGAACCAGAACUUAUAUUAUGCAUUGUUGGACGUGAUGUGACCUGUUUCAAACGUCCAAUUUUCAAGCACCGUUUUGUCGCGGUCUUACGAUCAACAACCAGCAGAAUAACAGACGUGGAGGAAUAUCUAUUUGGUACAAAAAUGUCCUUAUGUAUCAUUGAUUAGCCAGAUAAUACGAUAUUGGAAAAUAUUUGAAAGGUUAAUUUUAAUACUUUUGAGUAUUUUAUACAUUCAAUGCCUGAGAAUUGAAAAAAAAUAAAUCAGCGGUGAACAUUUAACUGCAGUACUACACCCAAAUAUCAUUCGACAUGUCUCAUACUCAAAAUUCUAUCAAUAACAGUCAACAUUUUGUAAACUGCAAUGUUGAAUCAAAUUCACCAAAACUAGUCCAAAACAGUCAAGAAAGGCAAAAUAGUCUUUCAGCUACUAAUCAAUAUGCUCUUGACGUUACUGACAAAACUGCUUAUUCGACCCGAUCAUCUAGACAAAGCAAUGUUACUAGAUCUAGUAGACAGAACAAUACAACUGGAUCUAAUAUACCUAAUAUGCACCGAUUUGACAUUGGCGAAUCUAGUUCACAGAGAAAUAAUAUUGAUUCUAGCUCAUGUAUGUCACACCAUUUACAAAGAACUUUAUCUGAAUUAACAACUGAAGCAUGGGGUAAAUAUAGAACUAGAUAUCCCACUACUUCUAGUAAUCAUUUAAAAAAAACACAUUCGAACUUAAUAGAAUACUCCCAGGCGUGUCCACGCUGGUAUCGUAUAGUGUCAAUUGAUGUCAAUGCAGCGGAAUCAAAUGAAUCAUUCACCUCUCCACAACCUCAAAAAGUUCAACGUACAGAAAAUGGUCGUCGCAAUACUGCAGGUGUAACUAAUUCUCAAUCUGACGUAGAGUGGUAUCGUAAAGUGAAUCGUGACGUUAUUGAAUCACAGAAAUGGGUCUCAUCACCGCGAUCCGAAAGAUUGGAGCGUAGAAGUGAAAGUCAACAUCCAACACUACCUUCGUCGUCUUUUCAAGCUCAUUCCAACAAAUCUCGUUCAGUGAUUGCAGUAGAUAAUAUCCAUCGUACUAGUUCACAAACUGAACCGAUUUCCUCAAAUACUCAGUCUAAUGAGAGUGAAAGAUACCAAUCUGACAACAUCAUUCCUCCAGCUUUACAUUGUCAACUUCAAAACUCAAACAGUAAUCAGUCACCAGCUGUAUCAAUUUUUUCAAAUUCUGAACGUGGUGCUGCUCAAGAUACGACAUUUGUUCCUUCUCCAAAUGUGACUAAUAUUUCAAAUCGUGCACAAGUUUUGAUAGAUCUUGAUGAUAUUGCUACUAAUAAUGAAGAUCAACCUAAUUCCUCUUAUGAAGUCAACCGUAAUUCAGUAACCAAUGCAAUUGAAAUUAUUCCAACACAUCCUCCAACCAAUUCAUCAGAAAUCAAUGAACUGGAAACACUUGAAGUUAUUAUACGUUCGAGGAACAAUGCUGAUUAUACAUUUGUUAUCUCAAAUCCUGCUAUUAUCAGAAUGCAUAAGGUUUUGCAAAGACGUAUUUUGAGUUCAGACAGUACAAGAUCUUCUGCAAAUAAUUCAAUCUUGUAUCAACAAGUCAAUCACUAUAUGCGAGUCUUAAGAAACACCAUGUUAUCAACAGACUCAAAUUCUUCAAGUAUUUCAUCACUUAUGAGUGCAUCAGUUCCGCGGUCACUCACUAUUGAUCAAUCUUCUUAUCCUCUUCUCGAGAAUACAUCUGAAAUGCCACCAGUAAUUAUAAUUGAUCGCAUUCAAAAUGGUUGUGCCAUAAAAGAAUUAACAAACUGUGCUAUAUGUUUGGAAGAUGACAAUGGUAAUGUCUUAUUAGAGCCAUGUAAUCAUUACAAUAUGUGUGGGACUUGCAUGGAAAAAUUGACAAUAUGGAUUUGUCCAAUUUGUAGAAGUCAUAUCACAAAUAUAAUAGUUUAUGUUUAAGUAUGGUAUAUAUGUUAAUGUAUACACUAAACAUUCGGGUGGUCCUUAUUUUUUAACUGUAAAAUUUUUGAAUUCUCAUCCUCUUAUAUUCUCCACUACUAUAACCUCAUUACAUACCACAAAAGAGGUUACAAGGUUAACAAAUGUUGAAAAAGAUUUUUUUGCCAUUUAUUUAAAUAAUUUUAAAAAA